GAGAGGACUUCAAGGGUUGUGCCACACCGGGUAGGCCGGAGACCCUGCCUAUCCAUGCUUCAGCGAAGCAUGCCGGUUCAGCCCUCCUUUGGGAUUGUGGGUGUGAUGUCGGUGAUUUCACUUCUCGCCGUGCCAACAGGUCUCGCUUACGAGACAAGACCCAUGGUUGGGCUCGACCUCGUGCAGGACCGCAGUGUGGAGGUGAUGGAGAGCAUGAGGGCUGAUAUGAGCAUCAACUUCAUGGAAGCAGCCCUUGCCCAGGCCACCCUGGCGUCGGGCACCGGGGAUGGCGAUGAUAAACGAUCGAGUAGUGAGGCGUCAAGGGGCGAAUCGGCUGUGUUUCCGUCGUACACCUUCACGGACGUCGAUGGCGUCUUGCACACCUGCACGGUCCGCGAGAGAAUGGAGCAAGCAGAAUCGCCAGGAAAGAAGUCAGACGUUUCCACCGCGCUCGACCCCCUAGAGGGUAGUUGCGCCACGUUAUCGCACGGUUAUUGGAGCUAUAAAUGGUGUCAUAGGAAGGAUGUCACCCAGUUCCACAAGAGCGAAGACGGUGCAACAACCACCGUAGUCAAUCUCGGAACGCACACGAGGACGGAGUUGAAGAGGGUCAACGUCACCCCGACCAAGGCGGACGGCGCUUCUGCCGAUUCUUCUGAUUCUCCUCAUGAGGCCGAAGUGUCUCGAGCUUUGAAUAAUAAUAAGUCCAAGGGUGGAAACGAUGGUGGCCGGCACGAGUCACAGAACGAUGACCUCUUCCAGGGAAUAAACGACGUUUCGGAGCUGGCCGCCGUAUACGAUUACUAUGAGGGAGGUGAUGUCUGCGAAGAAACUGGAGCGCGCCGAUUCCUAAAAACGACGAUCACUUGUUGCACGGCGAAUGACGUCUCGGCUGGAGGUGAAUCUGCGGACCCCUUGGCGAUUCUAGUUUCGUUACAGGAGGUUUCGAUCUGUUCCUAUCUGGUCCAGGUAUGUUCCCGACUCCUGUGUCCAGCGGCAACGGAUGGGCUGACCCUCGGCCUGGGGCAAGAAGCAGUGGUCUCAAGCGGGGUGGUGGUGACGGGCAAGGUCGGCGGUGUUUUGGGUCUUCUGCAAGAGUUAGAGGCUUGCUUCCCCCCGAAGAAGGAAACGUGGUGGGCUUACAAGCUGUGCAUCUCCACGACGGGGUUUAGUCAGUACCACGAGGACUUGCUGCGGAAGGCGGACGGGAGCCUCAUGUCCAAAAUCACGGUGGGUCUCGGACGCAUCACUGGUAAGUGGGACAAAUCGACGGUCACCGGCGAGGGCGAAGAGCUCAUCCGUCCACAACAAGAAGAAGAAGGAGAGGGAGGGACCAUCAUUCUAGAGUUUACCGGAGGCACCGAGUGCGACCUCACAGGAGUUCUUCGGUCGACCACGGUGCACCUCAAGUGCGGCAGUGUGCAAGAAGUCAGAGAGGUCACGGAGGACCGCACUUGCCAUUACCGCGUCCUGGCCAUUUCGCCGCUUCUGUGCAGGUAG